AUGUCAGCUAAAGAAUUAUUAAUUAAACUUUUUUCUUUGCCUAAAGGAGAAAUCAUAUUCCAUGAUUAUUCUUGUGCUUUAAAAAGUUUAAUUUCAAAAUAUGGUAGAAUUUUUUUAGCCGAAAAUCAUAUAUGCUUUUAUGCUAAUUUAGCAGGUAGUAAAAUUAAUCUAGUUUUAAAAAUAAAAGAAAUCUAAAAAAUAGAGAGUAAGAAUAAAAAUGAUAUUGAAAUCAUUUUAAAUAACAAUAAAGUUUAUUGUUUUACUAGUUUUUAAGAUAAGGAACAUGUAUUUAAUUUUAUGAAUUCUCUAUUAUAAAGUUAGCAAUUAAGUAAUUAAAGUGAUUCAAAAGCAAUAAAUGAGAACUUUAUUAAUGAAUAAUCCUAAAUUGAUAAUGCUGAAAUUGAAAUUCAAUUUUUGAAAUCCGAAUCUUCUAAUGAUUAAGAAAUUUGCAAAUUCACAUUUUCAUUUUCUUUAGAUAGAUUUUUUGAUUUCUUUAUAGCUGAUAAUGCUAUUUUGUAUUCAAUUUAGGAUCAUCGUUAAAAUGAAUAAGAUAGUGAUAUAAAUUUAACAAAAUGGACAGUAAAUGAAGAUGAUUAAGAUAUGUAUUAAAGAGAAAUGAAGCAUAUUAUGAAACUUACUGGUGUUCCCUUUAAAGAUAAAACAAGAAUGCAUAAAUUGUUUACAUACAAAAGAGAUUAAGAAAAAAUAAUUUAUACUUGUACAACUCAUACUUUAGAUGUACCAUAUGGAAAUUGUUUUUAAGCUGAAGACAAAUGGGAAGUAACUAAACUUGAAGAUAAUAAAUGUCUUUUAAGAGUAUUCGUAUCAGUUGUAUUUACGAAAUCUACUAUUAUGAAAAAUACUAUUAUAAAUAGAACUAUUUCAGGUUUUAAGGAAGAUUAUGAAAAAUGGAUAAACAAUGUAAAAAUCAAAUUAGAAUAAAAAGCUAAGCAAUCUAAAUCCACAGUUUCUUAUUCAAUUCAUGAUUUUGAAGAGUAAUUAUUUAAUUAUUAUUCAAAGAUCAAUUAUCCUUGAUAAUGAAAAUAUUCUCAGUAAAAUACUAAAAAAUUCUAAUUCUAAUAUAAAAAUUAAAAAAGAAAAAAAUAGAACACAUUCUAUUAAUAUUAAAAAAAAAGAAACUUAUUUUGUUUUUUUAAUUACCAUUAUGAUUAUCAUAAUGCUUAUUCAAAUAAGAAUUAUGAAUAAUUAGUCAACUAAACUUGAAUAACUUGAAUAAUUCCUCAAUUAAAAACAAAACAAAUUUCAAUUAUUCAAUGAUCAAUUAUGA